UGUAUAUGGUUCACUGUUCCACCGGUUUCUCCAGCGCUUCUCUGGCUAGCUCAGCCUCUGGCGAAAGCAGUUGCCCUUAAAGUGUUUCGGUUUCGAGGUCGCGCAGAUCAGAAAAGGACUGUCCUCUGUCCCCUUGCUCGUUGCCCGCAGUUCUCAGCCACAGGCGACGAGUUUGAGGGCGUCAUGGCCGAGGGCCUUCGCGGCCGGCCGGGUGGGAGGCCGCUUUCCCCAGCCCGUGCGCUCCUGUGGCCUUUGGGCCCGCCAGCACUCGUCUUGGUCUGAGCGCCGUCCCUCGGUGCCUGCGGCCACCUCGCGCGGGACCUCAUGGCCUCCGAAGUGCCGUCCCCACCGCCGUCGCCCAUGCAGUCACUGUCGCCUCCAACCUCCCCAGAGCCUGAAUUGGCCCACCUGAGACGAAAGGUCGAGAAGUUGGAACGCGAGCUGCGGAGCUGCAAGCGGCAGGUGCGGGAGAUCGAGAAGCUGCUGCAUCAGACGGAACGGCUGUACCAGAGCGCCGAGAGCAACAACCAGGAGCUCCGCACGCAGGUGGAAGAACUCAGUAAAAUACUGCACUGUGGGAGAAAUGAAGAUAAUAAUAAGUCUGAUGUAGAAGUACAAACAGAGAACCAUGCUGCUUGGUCAAGUUCAGAUUAUUAUUAUCAGACAUACUAUAAUGAUGAUGGUCUUCCAAAUAAAGAGACUAAACUCUCAGCUCAGCAGUGUCAGUAUGUUGAAGCAUCUACUUUUACUUCUAAAGACCAGUCACAACCAGAAAGUGAUACCUAUCCUGUAACUGAUGUAACAGAAAAUGGUAAAUGUGGACAAAAGGACCGUUUUAUCUCAGAUUCACAGGAGCUGGCGUCUGCAUUGGCAUCUAUACCCUCAGAAGGUUCUUCGUUAGCCGAAAGCUUGAGAGCAGCCGCAGAAGCUGCUGUGUCACAGACUGGAUUUAGUUAUGAUGAAAGUACUGGAUUGUACUUUGACCACAGCACUGGUUUCUAUUAUGAUUCUGAAAAUCAAUUGUAUUAUGAUCCUUCCACUGGGAUUUAUUACUACUGUGAUGUGGAAAGUGGUCGAUACCAGUUUCACUCUCGAGUAGAUCUGCAGCCUUAUCAAACAGCUACCACAAAACAAAGUAAAGAUAAAAAACUGAAGAAGAAAAGAAAAGAUCCAGAUUGUUCUUCAACAAAUGAAGAAAAGGAUUUGAAUUCAGAAAACCAAAAAACCUCCAGUGUUGAAUAUUUAAACUGCAGUGAGGGAGAAAAUUUUGCAAAUGUGAAAAAGAAAGUCAAAGUGAACAGUGUAGAAUCUCCUGUUAAUGAGAACAUCUCUAACUCAGCCUCAUUUAAAGAUGAGGGAGCUGUAGACAGUGACAGUGAGCCGGAAGAAGGGGAAAUCACGGACUCUCAGAGCGAAGCGAGUUACGAUGAAGGUGGCAGCAGCGAGGACAGCAGGACCGCAGAGGAGACCGAGGAUGGAGAUGAAGAAAAGAUUUGGCCCCCGUGUAUUAGAGUCAUUGUUAUUAGGUCGCCUGUGUUGCAGACAGGAUCACUUUUCAUCAUCACUGCUGUAAACCCUGCUACAAUUGGAAGAGAAAAAGACAUGGAGCACACUCUUCGAAUCCCUGAAGUUGGUGUUAGUAAGUUUCAUGCAGAAAUUUAUUUUGACCACGAGUUACAAAGUUAUGUCCUUGUGGAUCAAGGCAGUCAAAAUGGCACAAUUGUUAAUGGAAAACAGAUUCUUCAGCCAAAAACUAAAUGUGACCCUUAUGUGCUUGAACACGGAGAUGAAGUGAAAAUUGGAGAGACUGUGUUGUCCUUCCACAUUCACCCCGGCAGUGACACCUGUGAUGGCUGUGAGCCAGGGCAGGUUAGAGCCCACCUCCGCCUCGAUAAGAAGGACGAAUCUUGUGCUGGUCCAGCAUUAAGUAAGGAGGAAAAAGAGUUGGAAAGAAGAAAAGAACUAAAGAAAAUACGAGUAAAAUACGGUUUACAGAACACAGAUUAUGAAGAUGAGAAAGCAUUGAAGAAUCCAAAAUAUAAAGACAGAGCUGGAAAACGCAGGGAGCAGGUUGGAAGUGAGGGGACUUUCCAGAGAGAUGAUGCCCCUGCGUCCAUCCACUCUGAAAUCACUGAUAGUAACAGAGGUCGGAAGAUGCUGGAGAAGAUGGGCUGGAGAAAAGGAGAGGGCCUGGGGAAGGAUGGCGGAGGUGUGAAAACCCCGAUCCAGCUUCAGCUUCGGCGAACACACGCAGGCUUGGGGACAGGCAAACCAUCCUCCAUUGAAGAUGUUCCUCUUCUUCAAAGCAAGAGCAAAAAAAACUGGGACAAAGCACGAGAGAGGUUUGCUGAAAGCUUCCCCGAAACUAAACCUCCAAAGGAUGCUGCAGGGGUCAUUCCUUGGGUAAAAGGGACUGGGGAUUGAGGGGUUGUCACAGAAAAAACUUCAGCUGCUUUUACAGAAAAAAUUUGGAGACUCUUAUUUUAUUGCAAAAGCUUUUCCCCCAGUAGAGUCAGUGGCACAGAGACUGUGUCACAGAUAUUCUCCCAUAGUUCAAAAAUGUGUAAUGAAGAGUGGUUUGCAGCUUGUAAAAACUCGUUUUAAUGAAUGAGUAAACUGUAACUGAAUGAACUUCCAUGGUGAGUGGACUGAAGUUGCCCGGCACAGAUGAGCACAUGAGACUUUCUCUUCUCUCUUACGGCAUCCAUAUAUAUAAGUAGCCAUUUGAUCAGAAUUCAUGUGGCCACUAAGGACUGAAAUGUACAUUGUUCUUCACCUGUUAUAAGAUGCACAGCCAGAGAAAAAUCAGAAGUUUACAGAAACAGUUCUGACUAUAUGCAUCCUGUGGACAUCCUUUAGGACUUUAAGAAAACAGGUGCAGUAUGUAAAUUUUACUGUCCUUGAAAUAGCUGGUGUUGUUACUCAAGAACUGGUGAACAAGUGACAUGUAGAAAAUCAGCCUUCCAGUGUUUUCUUCUGUGAAGAAACUUUUGAUUUGUAUUGCGUAUUCAUUGUUUAUACCUGGUUCAUUUCUAGCUAAGAAAAUACUUAGAUAGGGACAUUGGAGUACGGUAUUGACACAGUCUGUUUGCCAGCUUUUGUAGUUUUGCAGAUUUCUAGUGCUAGUGGAUUUCUAGCCAAGGCUCCAACUCAGAUAUCUACCGAAAAUGUCCUCCAAUACAAUAAAAGCAUUUUACUAUUGAAA